AUGGCACAACCUGACCUCACGUCGCAUCAUGUCAACUAUUUAAUAUGGAGGUACCUUCAAGAAGCAGGUCAUGGCGAUGCUGCUGUGUCUUUGCAGCGCGCGUGGUUCCCUGAUCCGCAAACUCUCCCGUUUGCGCCUUACAUUAAAACUCAUGCGCUGGUGUCGCUGGUCCAAAAGGGCCUGCAAUAUCAUGACAUGGAAUCCUCGCUGGACAAGUUUAAACUAAUUGCAAUACACAGGAGGGCAAUCAUAAAAGCAUUUCACCGUCUGAUUAUUUUUUUCGGGCCAGAGCCCUUUGAAAUUGGAACCAAACCUGGGUCAGUGGAAAGUCGCGAUGAGGCUGUUGGCACAAAACCAGAUUCCCCGGGUCAACUUGCGCGCGACCGCCCGGUGAACGGCCAUGCCGAGCCCGGAAAGGACAGCCGAAAGGAUGAAACUGAUAGUGAUGAAUCCAUGGAGGACAAGGCGCAAACUGAAAGUCAGCCAAAUACGCCCGAUCAUAUGGAUGAGGAUGGUGAUGUCAGCAUGGCCGAGGAGAUCCCUGAACUACCGGCCACUCUGGAAAACAGCGAGAGCUCUUCCGUCCAGAUCGCCCCCGCCAAGCCCAUCGAUUUGACCCCCGACACCGCCCUGCUGAAUUCGGAUCAACACGUGACCCACGCCGUGUGGCGUCCUCGGGAUCCCACUGUGGUAGUGGGGGCUGGUGACCUCUUUUGCAGCUUGUGGAAGUUGUCGAUGUCAUCGGAUCCUGUACAGAAGAAAAUCCUCGAGCUUAAGAAGGGUGACACAAACGUCUCGACUGUAGCAUGGGAUGCCAUUGGCGAGAAAUUGGCCGUCGCGACUUGUACUGAUGACAGGGGCACUGUCACCAUGUACAACGUCAAUGGAGACGCAGUGGAUUUACUACCAGAGGUACCCCGGCUCAUCACUGGCUUGCACUGGGCAGCUGGUAGCUCGCAGCUGAUCGUGGUAGCCUCGAAUCAUAACGUAUCGGAACUCGCGCUUUGGGAUGACAGCCGCCGACCAGAUGUUUUCCCUCCACCUCAGAUAAUUGAGAACCAGAUAUAUGAUCUCGCUUGGUGUGGACGCAACCUGGCAUUUGCUUCUGGCGAGGGUGCAGUCUAUCAAUGCGAAGUGGACAGCAGCAUCCGCCUUGUUAAGACAUUUCCUUCUCCCAAAGAUAAUGCGACAUGGGAGUUUAUUCGGUCCCCCCAAUUUGACCCCCAUCGUAUUGAAUUUGCCUCCUUCUCGGUGGAUGGUAAGGUCAAGGUUUGGCAGGUUAACCUCGAUACCAAGGAUUACACGAACAUUCAUCAGCUGAGCCUUGACUCAAAUCCCGCUAUAACCGGAUCUUUCUCUCCCGAUGGAUACGCCCUCGGUGCGGCUAGCAAGGAUGGACUCUUUAUCUGGAAUAUUCAACACCCCGGCGGGAAUCUCAUGUCCACCUGGACCGCAACUAGCCCGGUGGUGAAGAAAGAGGAAACCGACCGCAUGACGAAUGGACAGAAUGGACACCAUGGACAGAAUGGCUAUUCCAAACCAGAACCACAUCGGGCCCUUUCCUGGGAUGCAGAUGGAAAACGACUUGCUUAUGGCUUCAACAAACAGGUACGCUCCCUGGUCUGGUUUCUCUGUGUCAAUUCCCCCCAUGCUGACGGUCCAAUCUCCCAAGAUGGCAAUCAUCAAUUUGCAACGAUGACAGAGCGGGUUUGA